AUGGCGCUUAUUGUCGACAAACACAGGCCAAAGUCACUAGAGGCUCUGACAUACCACCAGGAGCUGUCUGAAAGACUUCGUUCCCUUGCCCAGAGCGGAGAUUUCCCCCAUCUGCUGGUGUACGGCCCGUCUGGCGCUGGCAAGAAGACACGCAUUGUCGCUACCCUGAAGGAGCUGUACGGACCCGGCGUAGAAAAGAUCAAGAUUGACGCGCGUGUCUUCCAGACUUCAAGCAACCGGAAGCUUGAGUUCAACAUAGUCGCGUCGAACUACCACCUCGAGAUCACACCGUCUGACGUCGGAAACUAUGACAGAGUUGUCGUCCAGGACCUGCUGAAAGAGGUGGCACAAACACAACAGGUUGACCAGUCAGCGAAGCAGAAAUUCAAGGUCGUAGUCAUCAAUGAGGCCGACCACCUGACAAGAGAUGCCCAGGCGGCGCUGCGUCGGACGAUGGAGAAGUACUCUCCCAACCUGCGACUGAUCCUCCUCGCCAAUUCGACUGCAAACAUUAUUGCACCCAUUCGAUCGAGAACGCUCCUUGUCAGAGUGGCUGCACCGACCCAUGAGCAGAUCUGCGAUGUCCUGGCAGUGUCGGCGAAGAAAGAGAACUGGCCCUUGGUCAAGGGUCUGCACAUGAGGAUAGCCCAGGAGAGCGGCAGGAAUCUGCGACGAGCUCUGCUCAUGUAUGAGGCUGUCCACGCACAAAACGAAAAAGUUACGGAUACCACGCCGAUUCCCCCACCAGACUGGGAGGCUCUGAUCAGCCAGAUCGCGAGGGAGAUCAUCGAUGAGCACACCCCAGCUCGGAUUCUCCAAGUGCGGGCGAAGCUGUACGACCUUUUGACGCAUUGCAUACCGCCGACGACGAUUCUCAAGACCCUCACCUUCAAGCUCAUCCCGUUGAUCGACGACGCUCUGAAGGCCGAGGUGAUUAAGUGGUCGGCAUUUUACGAGCACCGAAUCAGGAUGGGCACGAAGGUCAUUUUCCACUUGGAGGCAUUCGUGGCCAAGUUCAUGAGAAUCAUGGAAAUGUACUUGAUGAGCAUGGAUUUGUGA